AUGCAAGAAAGUUCCAUUAAUUUUAUUGAAACCCACAAUGAUGGUGAAGCUCUAGAAAUAUACAGUAUCCACUCUAUUGAUUCCGAAAAGAGUAAUGAAAGCAAAGGUCUUGAGCAAAAUGGUGAUUUAAGAAAGGAUAACCAAAUUGGUGCAGGAGGGGAAAGUUCUCUUAUUAUUAUUGAAAAUAAUUCACUUGAAAUAGACGUCCCAUUUUUUGAAGAUGAUGCUAAUAAAAGAAAUUCGUCACAAGAAGGCAAACAAACAACUCGAGGUAAGACUCAGUUAAUUGAGUCACGAACAAUUCUUGAUAAAAUAUUGUCAAGUGACUCUAUCUCAUCAGCAAAUGACAGCAGUCUUGCAAAUUUUUACGGCAAUGAUAAUAAAAUAACCUCCCUGGUAAACCGCUGGAGGUCAACUAAAGAACCUUCGUUAAGUCAAAAUAAACAACAUCCAGAAGAAAUUGCCAAUUCAUCUACUAAAAAUUCACAAAAUAUUCUGAAAACCUUUCCUAUAUCCUCACCAAUCCAGCAUUCACAAGGAGAUUCACAAGAUAACCAAUCGGUGAAUGAGUUUGUAGAAAACAUUUCCCCAAAUAAGAAACAGUUAUUUGUGCCAUUGGAUACUACAAGUAUAGAGGAUAUUCAUGAUUUGGAAUUUUCUAAAAUAUUAAAUACUUCAACUUCAAAUGCAGUCUUAUCAACACCGCUUAAAGUAUCCAAUAAAGAUACAAUCAUAAAGUUUCCAGCAGCCAAUGUAGAUUUAAUCACGGGUCCACAAAAGGAGAAUCUCAAUCAAACCAUCAAAAGGAAAUCAUUAGAAAAUAAUUAUGACCAGUUAAAAUAUUAUAUCAGCAGAGGUAAAGAAUAUGACCCAGAUGAUUCUAAAUUCUUAAUAAGCAAGCACAUGAGAGAAAAUAAAAAAGCAUUCAAGGAAGUAAAUCAGAAUUACAGAGAUAAUAUAGAUGCUAGAUCUACUUUAAUAGUUGAGAUGUCAUCAAACCUAAUUAGACUUUUAUCUAGCAAAAUGGAUAAUUUCUCCGAUCACAUUAAACCAUCUACGCUUCAGUCUAGUUCUAAUGAUAAUAAUGAGCUGAUUAGGUUUCUAAGACGAUCGAAUAGUGAAUAUGAUUUUAGGAAUGACGUUUAUUAUCCAGCGGACUUCAAAAUAGUUGAAGAAAAUAUAUAUCUAUUAUACUACGAUGCAUUUGAAUUUUUUAAACAAUACAGUCAUAAUAAAUCUGCAUUAUUCCACCAAAUAAAGGAAUACACAAAAGCUGGAAAACAUGUCCUCUUAACCCUCUAUAAUCUGAAGAAUUUAAAAAAAGCCAUUCAAACGGUGGAGAAUAAUGAUUAUAUCACUAAAGUUCAAAAUCAACUUACUGGAUCCCCUUCCAAGCAAAACAAAAGAAAGAGAAUGAAAGUAAUUGAAGACCUUCAUAUGUCAUCUACAUCAAUAGAAAAAAGACUUCGGUAUAUUGAUCGACUAUGGGGUGUUAAGGUUCAUACGGUAAACUCACAUCUAGAAUUUAUUAACUCUUUACCAAAUCUGCUUUCAUUAGUAGGGAAACAAUAUAAUGAUUCGGCGAUAAAAUAUAUGAAAUAUGCCUAUUUGCAUGUUAAAUCAGCUAAAAAUAAAGAAGAUGUGUUAACGAAAAUCAUUCAUCAAGUUGGAAGAGUUCCAGAAUUAAAAGCAGAGAAUAUCACCAGAGCAUAUCCCACCUUCCAACAAUUACUAAAAGACUUUGAUGGAGGUAAAUUGAGAUCUGGUUCUGAUGGAAAAUAUCUCAUGACAGAAAAAAUUGAAAGCCGGUUAUAUAAAUUGUUUACAAGUGAUGAUCCUAAUGAAACAAUAUAA